GGUGGCGGCGGUACCUCUACUCUCCGGCGUCCCGGCGCUCGCUCCACCGCCGCCUCUCUCUCUCUCUCUCUCUCCCCUUGCCGCAGCCGCGACGCCCGCCGCCGCCGCGCAGCGCCCGGCCACUCUCGCGGCGGGAAGCAGCCGCCCGCUCCUGAGACAUACAAGAGAAUUCAUAAAAGUGAAGAAUUUUAGAAGAGGGUGACAAAAAGAGAAGAAAAAUGCCGAAACCAAUCAAUGUAAGAGUAACAACGAUGGAUGCUGAGCUGGAAUUUGCCAUUCAGCCCAACACAACUGGCAAACAGCUUUUUGACCAGGUGGUGAAAACAGUUGGUUUGCGUGAGGUCUGGUUUUUUGGGCUGCAGUACGUGGACAGCAAGGGCUAUUCUACAUGGCUUAAACUAAAUAAGAAGGUGACACAGCAAGAUGUUAAAAAAGAGAAUCCUUUGCAAUUCAAAUUUAGAGCUAAAUUCUUUCCUGAAGAUGUUUCUGAGGAAUUAAUUCAAGAAAUAACCCAGAGACUUUUCUUCUUGCAAGUUAAAGAAGCUAUAUUAAAUGAUGAGAUAUAUUGUCCACCAGAAACUGCAGUUCUUUUGGCUUCCUAUGCUGUCCAGGCCAAGUACGGAGACUAUAAUAAAGAGAUUCAUAAACCAGGCUACCUGGCUAAUGAUAGACUCCUCCCCCAGCGUGUUUUGGAGCAACACAAACUGACAAAAGAACAGUGGGAAGAGAGAAUACAGAAUUGGCAUGAAGAACAUAGAGGAAUGCUAAGGGAGGAUUCUAUGAUGGAGUACUUGAAGAUUGCACAGGAUCUAGAAAUGUAUGGAGUCAACUAUUUUGAAAUAAAAAAUAAGAAAGGAACAGAAUUGUGGCUAGGUGUUGAUGCUUUGGGUCUGAAUAUUUAUGAACAUGAUGACAAGUUAACACCUAAAAUUGGUUUUCCUUGGAGUGAAAUCAGAAAUAUUUCAUUUAAUGACAAAAAAUUUGUUAUAAAGCCGAUUGACAAAAAGGCACCUGAUUUUGUUUUUUAUGCACCUCGUUUGAGAAUCAAUAAGCGGAUUUUGGCCUUAUGCAUGGGAAACCAUGAACUGUACAUGCGAAGAAGGAAGCCUGACACUAUUGAAGUACAGCAGAUGAAGGCCCAGGCUAGAGAGGAGAAACAUCAGAAGCAGUUGGAAAGGGCUCAAUUAGAGAAUGAAAAGAAGAAAAGAGAAAUAGCAGAAAAGGAAAAGGAAAGAAUAGAACGUGAAAAGGAAGAGCUGAUGGAACGUCUGAGGCAAAUUGAAGAACAGACAAUGAAAGCCCAGAAAGAACUGGAAGAACAGACUCGAAAAGCUCUAGAAUUGGACCAGGAACGAAAACGAGCCAAAGAAGAGGCAGAAAGGCUUGAAAAGGAGCGUCGAGCUGCUGAAGAGGCCAAGUCUGCUCUAGCGAAACAGGCUGCCGACCAGAUGAAGAAUCAGGAGCAGCUGGCAGCAGAACUUGCCGAAUUCACUGCCAAGAUUGCACUUCUAGAGGAAGCCAAGAAGAAAAAGGAAGAGGAGGCUACUGAGUGGCAACACAAAGCUUUUGCAGCCCAGGAAGACUUGGAAAAGACCAAAGAAGAGUUAAAGACUGUGAUGUCUGCCCCGCCUCCGCCACCACCAGUCAUUCCUCCGACAGAAAAUGAACACGAUGAGCACGAUGAGAAUAAUGCUGAGGCUAGCGCUGAAUUAUCAAAUGAUGGGGUAAUGAACCAUAGAAGUGAGGAGGAACGUGUGACAGAAACACAGAAAAAUGAACGUGUUAAAAAGCAACUUCAGGCAUUAAGUUCAGAAUUAGCCCAAGCCAGAGAUGAAACCAAGAAAACACAAAAUGAUGUUCUUCAUGCUGAGAAUGUUAAAGCAGGCCGUGAUAAGUACAAGACUCUGCGACAGAUUCGGCAAGGCAAUACAAAGCAACGUAUUGAUGAGUUUGAAGCAAUGUGGGGACCCAAACUGUAUGCAUUGUUCCAGAUGCGUUCUUGCCAAAGCAGUAUAAAACAAAUGUAACAGUUAGGAAGAAGGCUCUCUGCCUCACUGGGUCCCUGGGAUUUGACAC